AAGAAGAAGACAUAACUAAGCGCAUUGAAUGGCUAUAAAAUGAAGUGUCCCUUCUCCAGCUUGUUUGAAAGCGUAGGAGACAUGUCCAGUUACCGAUGAGUGGAGCACCCCAUUUAUGAUCACUACACUGAAACAUCAUCGAACAACCAUAGUUAUCGAGUUAUAAGAUAAAGCAGUUCUAGUGAGUAGUGCUUUGUCCUUGUCCCUAGCUUAGCUUGUUCUGAUCCAUGGAAGUUCAAACUCACUCCUUCGAGUUCCACCUUCACACCGACACCUACUUCCCUCCCAAUGCCACGCCCACCAACCAACUCUCUCCCGGACACGCCACCGCCGCCCUCAAGCUCCAGAAAGUCUACCGGAGCUACCGUACCCGCCGCAGGUUGGCCGAUUCCGCCGUCGUCGCCGAGGAGCUAUGGUGGCAAGCCAUAGACUAUGUAAGACUAAACCACAGCACUAUUUCCUUCUUUAAUUUGCCUGAAACCGCUGCAUCACGCUGGACUCGGGUUAAAUUGAACGCUGCCAAGGUGGGUAAAGGUUUGUCCAAGGACGCCAAGGCACAAAAAUUGGCUUUCCAGCAUUGGAUCGAAGCUAUUGAUCCACGACAUCGCUAUGGGCAUAACUUGCAAUACUACCAUAAAGAAUGGUGUAAAUCAGAUGCUGGUCAGCCGUUUUUUUAUUGGUUGGAUUUAGGAAAUGGGAAGAAUCUUGAUCUUGAAGAAUGCCCUCGAUCAAAGCUUCAAAAACAAUGCAUCAAGUACCUGGGGCCUCAAGAGAGAGAACAAUAUGAAUACAUUGUACGCGAGGGCAAAAUUAUCAACAAGCAAUAUGGGGAUUUACUUGAUACAAAUGAAAACUCUGACGAUGCAAAAUGGAUAUUUGUAAUGAGCACCUCUAAGAAACUUUAUGCUGGCAAGAAAAAGAAAGGAUUAUUUCAUCAUUCUAGUUUCUUGGCUGGAGGAGUGACAUUAGCUGCUGGAAGGCUGGUAGCUGAGCAGGGAAUUCUUAAGUCCAUCUCUGCUUAUAGUGGACACUACCGACCAACAGAUGAUAUACUUGACGGUUUCUUAUCAUAUCUCAAAGAAAACGGUGUCAAGCUUGAUGAAGUUGAGAUAAUGUUUAUUUAUGGUCAUGGUUAUGCAAGGCCUAAACACUUGAUAAUUGAAGUGAAAACUUGGUGGCAAUCACUUAUAUACUUUAAGGAUUCGUGGUUUCAGUUGCACAAGGCAAAUGAAGACUCUGAUAUGUACGAGGAAAGCAACAAUGUUAGUGAAAGACCAGUAACAUCUGAAGUGUCUAUCGGAAAAUUGUAUGUGCCUGAAAUAUCUGAGGAAGCUACCAAUACUCCAUCCAAGGAGGAUCCUCAACCUGAAUGUGUUACUUAUGCAAGGACUUUGUCAGGUGGUCUUCAGAGUCCGAGAGCUGUGGUGCCCAAGACUGCAAUAUUGCAAAGAAUCAAUUCCAAGAAGGCUUCCAAGUCCUACCAAUUAGGACACCAGCUUUCGCUUAAGUGGUCAACAGGAGCUGGACCAAGAAUUGGCUGUGUUGCUGACUACCCUAUAGAGCUUAGAACACAGGCCUUGGAGAUGCUUAACCUCUCUCCCAAAAUUCCCCCUACCCCUUCUUCAUACAUGCGAAUGAGUGAACUUGUUUUGCCUUCACCUUAUCCAACACCCAGAAACUCCCGCGGCAACAAUAUUGAUGGAACUUGUAUUAAGUGAUCUAUGUUUAAUAACCUUAGACAAGAGCUUACUAUAUUAAAAUGUGAGUUUGAAAUUAACUCAAUUUUACAAAAUUAGUGUAUAAUAUGUAUCCUGCUUGAAUUGUUGCUUUAGGUUUUAAAAACCAAGCUUAAAGUUGCUUUAGUUAACCAAUGUUAAAAAAUAUCAAUUUUUGGUAUCA